AUGUCAAAGGGACCAGCAGUUGGCAGUGACUUGUGGACCACCUAUUUUUGUGGGGUCUUUCAGCAUGGCAAAGUUGAAAUCAUUGCCAAUGACCAGGGCAACAGGACCACACCAAGUUAUGUAGCAUUCACAGACACAGAGAGGCUGAUAGGUGAUGCAGCGAAGAACCAAGUAGCAAUGAACCCUACCAAUACUGUCUUCAUUGCAAAGAGGCUGAUUGGACGGAGGUUUGAUGACACCGUUGUGCAGUCAGACAUGAAGCACUGGCCGUUCAUUGUUAUCAAUGACAGCUCACGUCCCAAAGUUCAAGUUGAAUACAAAGGGGAGACCAAAGCCUUUUAUCCUGAGGAGAUUUCUUCCAUGGUGCUUACAGAGAUAAAGGAAAUUGUAGAGGCAUACCUUGGAAAAACUAUUACGAAUGCUGUUAUUACUGUUCCUGCUUACUUCAAUGACUCUCAGCGUCAGGCCACAAAGGAUGCUGGAACUAUCUCUGGCCUUAAUGUUCUGCGUAUUAUCAAUGAGCCUACUGCUGCUGCCAUUGCUUAUGGCCUGGACAAGAAUGUCAGCUCUGAGAGAAAUGCCUUGAUUUUUGAUCUCGGUGGUGGCAGUUUUGAUGUGUCCAUCCUUACCAUUGAGGAUGGCAUUUUUGAGGUCAAGUCUACUGCCGAAGACACUCACCUUGGGGGAGAAGACUUUGAUAAUCGCAUGGUCAACCAUUUUAUCUCCGAGUUCAAGCGCAAAUACAAAAAGGACAUCAGCGACAACAAGAGAGCCGUCCGUCUGCUGCAGACAGCCUGGGAGAGGGCUAAACGUACCCUGUCCUCUAGCACUCAGGCCAGCAUCGAGAUCGACUCUCUUUAUGAGGGAAUCGAUUUCUACACUUCCAUCACAAGGGCUCAUUAUGAGGAGCUUAAUGCUGAUCUCUUCCGUGGCACCUUGGAUCCAGUGGAGAAGUCCCUCCAUGAUGCUAAACUGGACAAGUCUCAGGUUCAUGACAUUGUCCUUGUUGGAGGCUCCACCCGUAUCCCCAAGAUCCAAAAACUCAAUCCAGAUGAAGCUGUUGCCUAUGGAGCAGCUGUUCAGGCAGCCAUUUUAUCUGGAGACAAGUCUGAGAAUGCCCAGGACCUGUUGCUCCUGGACGUUACCCCUCUGUCCCUGGGUAUUGAAACAGUCAUGACCAUGACCACUGGUGUCAUGACCAUCCUGAUCAAAAGUAACACUACCAUUCCAACCAAACAAACACAGACCUUCACCACCUACUCGGACAACCAGCCUGGUGUCCUCAUUCAGGUGUACGAGGGUGAGUGAGCCAUGACUAAGGACAAUAACUUGCUUGGAAAGUUUGAGCUGACGGGUAUCCCUCCUACUCCUCGUGGGGUUCCCCAGAUUGAAGUAACUUUUGACAUUGAUGCCAAUGGGAUCAAUAAUGUCUCAGCUGUAGAGAGCACUGGCAAGGAGAACAAGAUCACCAUCACCAAUGACAAAGGUCGUCUAAGCAAGGAGGACAUUGAGCGCAUGGUCCAGGAAGCCGAGAAGUACAAGGUUGAGGAUGAUGUCCAAAGAGAAAAUGUGUCUGCUAAGAAUGGCCUUGAGUCCUACGCCUUCAACAUGAAGUCCACAGGUGAGGAUGAGAAACUCAAUGGCAAGAUUAGUGAUGAGGACAAGCAGAAGAUUCUCAACAAGUGCAAUGAGUUUAUAAGCUGGCUGGACAAAAACCAGACUGCUGAGAAAGAUGAAUUUGAGCAUCAGCAGAAGGAACUAGAGAAGGUGUGUAACCCUAUCAUCACCAAGUUGUACCAGAGUGUUGGUGGAAUGCCAGAGGGCAUGCCUGGAGGCUUGCCGGGAGCUGGAGGUGCCCCUGGUGGAGGUGGAUCCUCUGGACCAACUAUUGAGGAAGUUGAUUAAUUUGUUCAAAGAAAGUUUCUCAUUGUGUGAAGUGGGUUAUUUUUGGAGUACCUCGAUAUGUUAUAUUAUUUGUUCCCUAUCGCAUGUGUCUAAUAUCUCAGACCUUUAAUUCAGACCAGUUGCGAGUUGACGUGCAACUCAAAUGUUCAUUUAUUACCAGAGUGCUGCAUAGCUGUGUUGAGCAGCAUGUUUUCAUUCAUGUGUUAAAUUUAUGUUAAAGAUAAUGCUGAAUGUAUCACACCUUGCUGAGUCUGACCAAGACAAAUAAAGA